AUGAAGCUUGCUUUGCUCCCUACCCUUCUCUCCACUUCGGUGUUGGGCCUCAACAUUGGCCGCGGCCAUGGCAAUGCGCAGAUCACCUUUAUCGGCGCCGCGGGGGCCCAAUUUACCCAGGACUUUCCCAUUGACGGAUCCACGGUCAAGAUCACCAACCCUCUGAGUAUCUCCCAGAUCUACGACGGCACAAAAGGCACCGUCUGCACCUUCAACGGCAUCGAUCACAGCGUGACCACCGUGACCGGCGUGGGCCAGGUCGAUGUUGGCCCUCCGCAGACUCAAGUCCAGGGUUCCUGCCACUGGGGCUCCACGGCCCGAGGCUACCCAGACCACCCGGGUCAAGUGGUGAUCACCUUUGAGGGCGCCGCCAAUGCGCAGUUCCAGCAAACCUUCCCUACCAAUGGAGCCAGCACCUCCAUCACCAACCCGUUGAGCAUUUCCCACAUCAUCUCCGGAACUAAUGGCGUGCACUGCACCUUUAACGGUAUUGACCACAGUGUCACCACCGUCAGUGGUGCCCAGACGGUGGAUGUUGGUCCUCCGCAGACCCAGGUCUCCGGUGCCUGCUAUGUGGAUUGA